AUGAGUGAUAAGAUUAAAGAAGAAAUCACGAAGCAACUAAGUGCAAAUGUAAUCAGGGUCGUCCGAUAUACCACAUGGUUAGCAAACUUUGUGCCAGUGCCAAAGAAGGAUGGGAAAAUCAGAGUUAGUCGAAAAGGCAUUGAGUUAGAUCCCUCCAAGAUAAAGAUCAUUCGAGAGUUUUCUCCCCCGAAGAACAAAACAGAAGUCAUGAGUUUACUCGGGAGGUUGAACUACAUCAGCAGGUUCAUCACGCAACUUACCACCACAUGUGAGCCUAUUUUCAAGUUAUUGAAAAGAAAUGCCGCUAUCAAAUGGACAGUUGAGUGCCAAGAAGCUUUUGACAAGAUCAAGGAAUAUUUGUCAAAUCCCCCUGUUUUUGGUCCCACCGGAACCUGGUAG